AUGAUCUCAUCAUUUAUUAAUAUAAAGCAACAUAAGCAUUACUUAUCUAUAUGCCACAUCGCAACUACAAACAUUAGAAGAUCAUAUGGCUCAAUUCCUUUAAAAAUUUCAGAAGAAAUACUACAGGCUUUGAAUGAUAAACAAACGCCAAUUGUCUCCUUAGAAUCGACAAUUAUCACUCAUGGGUUGCCUUAUCCUGAAAACUUAUCUAUGGCAACUGAAGCAGAGAGAUUAAUAAGGGCCAAUGGUGCAAUUCCAGCUACGUGUGCCUUUAUAGAAGGAAUACCACACGUAGGAUUAGCACCCUACCAACUUGAAUCUUUAUCUGAAAAAGCAUCAAAGAUGGAAAUUAAUAAGGUUUCUCGUCGUGAUAUAGGAUAUACUAUGGCCAACAAGCAAAAUGGUGGUACUACUAUUGCACUGACAAUGAUUUUAUCUCAAUUGGCAGGAAUAAAGGUCUUUGCUACUGGUGGAUUAGGGGGCGUCCAUAAAGAUGGAAAUUUAACAAUGGACGUAUCUGCCGACUUAACUGAAUUAGGUAGGACUCCAGUAUCUGUUGUAUGUGCUGGGCCAAAGUCAAUUUUGGAUAUCGGUUUAACAAUGGAAUAUUUGGAAACACAAGGUGUCUUCGUUGGCACAUACAAUGAUAAUCAUAGAGCCAAAGUUGAUAUACCAGGAUUUUACUGUCGUGAAUCAGGCAUCAAAUCUCCAUAUUCAUUUAAUUCAUUUGCACAGGCCGCAUCGAUAAUUCAUAAUCAAAAUAAUAUAAUGUCUUUGAAGUCAGGCAAUGUAUUUUGCAUUCCUCCACCUGAGGAUGCGGCCUUAUCUUCAAAAUUUAUCAAUAGUAUAAUUGAAAAUGCUAAUGAAGAAGCAAAAGCAAAAGGCAUAAAGGGAAAAAAUUUAACCCCAUUUUUAUUAAGUAAAAUUGCUAAUGAUACCAAAGGGAAGUCAGUCGAAUGCAAUAUAAAUUUCGUCUACAAUAAUGCUGUAUCUGCAACAAAAAUUGCCAAAGAGUUACUUUUAUUGGAAAAUAAUAGUAAGCCCAACAAUUAUAAGCUGAAUUACAGAAGCAACGAUUUACCAAAAUCAGAGAAAGAAAUAUCUGAUAUUUUAACACCCGUAAGUCAAAAAGAUGCUCCUAGCACGAAUGUUAAUGAUCAUGUAAAUACGGUAACAAUUGGAUCCAUUGCCCUCGACACAAUAAGUCGAAUUAGCUCUUCUACAACAAUGAAUGAUUCAAAUCCAGGUAAAACACGAUCUUCCAUUGGCGGUGUCGGAUAUAAUGUCUCAUUGGCUUGUAAAUAUGGAUUAGAAUCACCUUCCUGCUCUUCAGAAAAUGUAAACCAACUAAGUCAUAGGUUAAUAUCAGCCGUCGCAAACGAUUUUGCUGGUAGGUCUUUACUUCAGCAAUUAGAAGCGGCCGAAAUCGACAUUUCAGGAAUACAAGUUAUUGCAGGUAGCAGAAUCUCAACAGCUCAGUAUUCUUCAAUACAUAAUAAUAAUGGUGAUCUACUUGUGGCUUGUGCUGACAUGACUAUAUUCGAAGAGGAGCUAAUCAUCGAGCAUAUUGUGAAACAAUUAGAUAGAGCAAAACCCAAUUUCAUAGUUAUCGACUGUAAUAUAUCUUCAUCUUUAAUGAAUAAUAUAUUGCAGUAUGUUAGCACCAAUAUGGAACAUAUUAACGUGAUAAUAGAACCAACUUCUUCUUAUAAGGCUGCCAGACUUUCACAAGUGAAUAGCAAGAAUCUUAAAGUCUUUCCAAAUAAUAUAAUCCAGUUGGUCACACCAACAGUGGCAGAGUUGAAUACAUUUCAUUCAUCAUUUAGCAACCGGGAACUAUUUGAUGAUUAUGACGAAUGGUUUCCUUUAUUGGAUACAUUGGGUGUUGAUUCGUUAUUUAGAGAGAAGUUGAAUAAACAAGCGCAUCGAUACGAGGUGUUGAAGCAUGGAUUAAAUGAUGGAUUUUUGCAACAAUCUUUUCAAUUAUUACCCUAUUUACCGAAUAUAUUACUUAAAUUGGGACCUCAUGGACUACUAUAUAUCGGUCUUUCAACAAGUAUUGAUGACUAUUCUUCGAUACCAACCAGUUCUGAUUAUAGUCCAGAAUUUACAAUCACAAGUAGUGGAAGAGAAUUCGUUGGAAAUGACGGAGAAAAUAAAAAAAUGGGAAUAGCCAUUCAGUAUUUUCCUAUUCCAGAAGUAAAUAAAAACUUAGACGUUAAAAAUGUUACCGGCGCUGGUGACUCGUUAUUGGGUUAUCUAACUGCUAGAUUACUGCUUUCAAGUAAAAACAAAUUAGAUAAGACAUGGUUAGGACCAGAAAUAUAUAGCGUUGAAGAUGAAUGGUUCAAAUGGGAAUCCAUCUACAAGGCACAGAUAUCUAGUGGUUUAUCAUUGCAAAGCAGUGACGCUAUAAAUCCUGAAAUAGCUAAAAUCAAGUGGGUUACACAAAAUCUCUCCAAAAAAAUCAUAUAUAUAUAUAUAUAA